UAAAUAUUUAGUAAAUGUUUUAUAAAUAUUUUGUGCUAUUUGGGGUACUAUUGGUUUCCAUGUGCUUAGAAAUAUAUUUUAGUAUGUUCUGAAAUUAAUUCACUCUUUUGUAACGUAACAGAUUUCAAAGUGUUUUUACAAUAAAAUAUGUUCUGUACAAGAACACAUAAAUUGCAAGAUGUUUAUAAAACCAAAUACUUGUAAAUAAAUUUGUUUUUACCUUCCUGCCUACCUUUCUUAAGUUUAAGAUAUCACUUUUUAGGUAAGAGCAAAUUUUGCUUUUGCAAAUGUGAGCCUUUACCACUCUUGUCGUGGCUAUAACUAGUUUUCUGAUUGUCUGUGUGUAAGAUUUUAUAGAUAACCAAGUUUAUAAUCAUAAGACAAUGAGUCGAGUACCUUUCUUUUGUUGAAAACGCUUUUUAUUAAAAUUUUGACUCACAUAGGCUAAGGCGCAAAACGUUACAAAAAUGUGAAGUUUAAAUAAAGCUGAUGUUAAUGCUAUAAUUAAAAAAGCUAAACAAAUUCAGAAAUUUUUAAUGUGCAUAAAGGUUUGUUUAAUACUAGAAUUACUAAAAAAACUCAUUUAUAUUUGGUAUAUACUGUUUAAAAUAUAUACUUAUGAAAAUACUAUAAUCUUUAUGGCUUGAUCUCUUCAUUAGAGAUUCUUAAUGAAAACCUAUCAUAAAACGAGUUUCUUUAUCUAGAAACAACUUAAUUUUGCAGUCAUAUUUAUUAUUAUGUGCUUUCAUGGAGAAUUAAUGAAGCAAUAAAUUAUAAAAGAUUUAUAUUUUUUUUCCUUGUUAAAACAUAAUUUCCUAGAAAUAUGUAAUGCAUAUUUUUAUCCCAGAUAAGAUCUUUGGAUUAAUUCUUUGUAAAAGCAAACGAAUUGUUUGGUUUGCUUUUGCUUAGAAUUAAUUCGAAAACUUUUCUGGGAUUAAAAUGUGCAAGAAGCAAAUUAGGUUAAGUGAGAUUGAUAAAAUAGCAUCAUUGCAGCAAUAUAACAACACUAAAGCUUUACGUAAUAGCUACAUUGCACCAAUCUAACAAAGUGACGAACUAGGUUGUUAAUUGGUAUAUAAUUGCAAUUUUGCUAUUACAUAACAGCAAUGUUUUCCCUCAGUUACAUGUUACGUUGAUAUAAUGUAACCAUGAUGAGUGGGAAAUUAUAACUAACAUGGACGUUACAUGUAACGAACACGUUAUAUUGCGUGUUACCUUUAAGUUUAUUGCAUCAACAUUGCUAUUAUAUAGCUGUGUUUGCUGGGUAUGAUUUACGUGACGGUAUACGAAACACGAGAACUGGCGCGGCAAUGUUGCUAUCACAUUAUUACGCUAUAGACACAACUGAUAAAUGCCGGUCGCAGACCAGCGCGAUAAUGCGACACGCGACGCCCGACAAUCCAAAGAACAUACAGCUUUCUUUAGUUUGUUGGCCGCCAUUACCGCCAUGUACAGUGAAGCAGGGAUUCGCCGGUUGGUAACGUACACCGCCCGUAUAGGCGCAUAGAAAACACCAAGUUUCUCCAUAACAGCACGUCGAUUCAUGUCUUCUCUCUCCACCCAGCAUCGAGCGAGAAGGAUACACUAUCGUAGCGCCCCCACCACCUUCUGCCCGCUCUUCGAUCUUUGUCGCGCUGCCACGAAACAUGUACGUGCGCGACUUCGCGUGGGUGCGGCAGCCGAACAUCACCGCGGAGGGACAAAGAGACACCAUUUCUGCAUUUCUGCCGGUGCAUGUAUUAUACAUAGGGGAGACUGGGGCUGGUUGUUACAGGGGUAGGUUGUUACAGCGCCAACGGUAGCUAAACCGAAACCGCUAUAGUGACGUUAGAAAGAGAUAAAUAAUCACGCCACUGUCGGCCGACAUACCGCGCGAGCUAGCGGCGCUGGCGUUCUUGUGAGAAGAGCCCGUGCAAGCAGCUGUCAAAAACGCAGGAUGAGGAAGUAUAAAAAAAAGAGUGAGCGUGGACAAAUAUCUCAAGACAUCUACGACAAAGCAGCAUCUGUUUUAGAAGAGGAUAAAACGAAAAUAGUUCGUAACAUCGCAAAAGAUUUUGGACUAUGUCAUAUGACGCUAAGAAGAUACUUACAAAAACGAAGCAAAGCAAAGGAAAAGUCCUUGUGUCCUUGAAUGACACUACAUCUCUUAUUUUGGAAUUUACCGAAGAUAAUAUUGAAGAUAAUAUUGUGGGUGCCGUAGAAGAAUGUGAGAGCUCUGUUUGUGCUAACCCAGUUGCAGGUUCUAGCAGAGAUUUGAUCUACGAUGAAUCUACCUUUGCUCCUGAGAUCGUUCGACCUUAUCCAAAAGCUGCUGUUAGAACAAAGAUAACACGAAAAACUCGAAAAUCAGCUAUUUUAACUGACACGCCGGAGAAGGAAGCAUUGACAGUGGAACAAAGCAAGAAAAAGGAAAAUACAUCCAAAAAAAUUAAAGUGACCAAGAAGGGAAAGGCUGAAAAUACAAAUAAGAGAGGAGAAUCAGCUAAGAAGAAAAGAAAGAUUAGUGUAAAAAGGAAGGUAUUGCAAAAAUCUGACAAAGAUAGCUUAGAAGAUGAUCAUUUUUGCCUCAUAUGUUGUGAAUCAUUUGAUCAGAGUCGAGCUGGUAAAAAAUGGGUGCAAUGUAUUGUUUGUAAAAAAUGGUCACAUGUGAAAUAUGCUAAAGGAAAUAUACUAUCCUAUGUUUGUUUAAAUUGCGAUAGUGAUUAUUCCGAUUGAAGUGACUGAACUGUUGUUUUUAAGAUCUGAUAGUUUUUCUAAAAUAAUUAUAUUUUUUUUUUGAUAGCCAAAGUUUUAUGUUAUGUUGGUUCUUAAUAAGAUGUUUCUCUAAUAGAGCUUAUAACUUUCGUUUACAAAUUUACAAGUUACUUGUAUUUUUGUUUUAAAGAAAACUAUAAUUUUACUUAAUCUUUAUUUUGUUUUGAUAAGGCAGAAAGACCAAAAAAUGUAUGCCUGAGUUUUUAUUUAAAUAAGAAUAUAAUUUUAC